AGAGCAACUAGAUUAUGCUGUGAGGAAAGGGGAUGCCUCCUGCUUCCCUUCAGUAGAGGGUUAACACUCAGUUGGAACGACGGGAACAAAAUUCUUCAAGAGAAGCCCACUCUAUCCAAGCCAGAAGCAAAGUCUUCCCAGGAUCUCAGCAAGGAGGAGCAUAUCAAGGUUGCCUCUGAUUCCUUGCAACCUUCCAUAAUUCCAAGUUUGCAGCCCCAUAAUCAGGACUCUACCCCUCCAGGAGCAAAUCAUCAUAUUAAUAACUUGCCUUCCUCUUCCAUAUACCAGCUAAACAUGUUUAACUAUCAACGUCCAACACACUUCAUCCAAUCCCAAAAUCCAUGUGGCUCCAGACUGCAGCCUCCUGGACCGGAAACCUCCAGCUUCUCUAGCCAGACCAAACAGUCUUCCAUUACCAUCCAGCCCAGCCAGUGUACAGAGAAAAGAUUUUCUGCCUCAUCAACAGUGAGCUCUCACAUCACCAUGUCUUCCUCAGCUUUCCCUGCUUCUACCCAGCAGCUCACUGGCUCCAAUCCCGGCCAAAGAGCUGGAGGCACCUAUUACAACCAGUCCCCAGCCAGCUUCCUCAGCUCCAUACUACCAUCACAGACUGAUUACAGCAGCAGUAAAAUGCCUUCCAAUGUGGACUCCAACUAUCAACAACCCUCUGUUAGCCAACCUGUAAAUGCCAAGCCAUCUCAAACUGCAAAUGCUAAGCCCACACCACGGACUCCUGACCAUGAAAUACAAGGAUCAAAAGAAGCUCUGAUUCAGGAUUUGGAAAGAAAACUGAAAUGCAAGGACAGCAUUCUUCACAAUGGAAAUCAACGGCUAACGUAUGAGGAGAAGAUGGCUCGAAGAUUGCUGGGACCACAGAAUGCAGCUGCCGUAUUCCAAACUCAAAAUGACAACGAAGCACAAGAUUCGCAGCAGCACAACCUAGAGCACGCACGACUGCAAGUUCCGACAUCACAAGUAAGAAGUAGAUCAUCCUCAAGGGGAGAUGUGAAUGAUCAGGAUGCAAUCCAAGAGAAAUUUUACCCACCACGUUUCAUCCAAGUGCCAGAGAAUAUGUCCAUUGAAGAAGGAAGAUUCUGCAGAAUGGACUUUAAAGUAAGUGGACUGCCGGCUCCUGAUGUGUCAUGGUAUCUAAAUGGAAGACCAGUUCAAUCAGAUGAUUUACACAAAAUGAUAGUGUCUGAGAAGGGUUUUCAUUCGCUCAUCUUUGAAGUGGUCAGAACAUCAGAUGCCGGGGAUUAUGUGUGUGUUGCCAAAAAUAGAGCAGGAGAGGCCACCUUUACUGUGCAGCUGGAUGUCCUGGCAAAAGAGCAUAGAAGAGCACCAAUGUUUAUCUAUAAACCACAAAGCAAAAAAGUUUUUGAAGGAGACUCAGUGAAACUAGAAUGCCAGAUCUCAGCUAUACCUCCGCCAAAAAUUUUCUGGAAAAGAAAUAAUGAAAUGGUGCAAUUCAACACUGACCGAAUAAGUUUAUAUCAUGAUAAUUCUGGAAGAAUUACUUUAUUGAUAAAAGAUGUAAACAAGAAGGAUGCUGGAUGGUAUACUGUGUCUGCAGUUAAUGAAGCUGGAGUGACCACAUGCAACACAAGAUUAGAUGUUACAGCCCAUCCAAACCAAACUCUUCCAGCUCCUAAGCAGUUACGUGUUCGACCAACUUUCAGCAAAUAUUUAGCACUCAAUGGAAAAGGUUUAGAUGUGAAACAAGCUUUUAACCCAGAAGGAGAAUUUCAGCGUCUUGCAGCUCAGUCUGGACUCUAUGAAAGCGAAGAACUGUAAUAACGUUACCAAUAUUGAAAAUCAUCAUUGCAGUUAAUAAUAAUAGUCAAUUAAAUUUCUGAAAUAAAUUCAUAGCUGUAUUAACACAAUGUCGCCUUAAUUAGGUAAAAUAACAAAUAGAAAUACAUAUCGAAAACAUUUUUCCUUUUACUUUUGCACAUUCUAUAUAUGUCUUUGGUCUGCAAAACCUCCAGAAAACCUUGUAAUUGUAGAAGACUGUCUCAAAAUGUGGAAUUUUAACAUUUAAAUCAUAAACAUCUGACAAUCACAAAUUAUAAAUGAUUACAUUUUAAACUCUCUAAUGCCUGUAAUGAGAUAAAGUUUACUGGUAUUGCUUUCUAAGUACUAUUUUACAUGUUUUUCUUAUAGGAAUACUAACAUGAUAUAAAUUAUCUGAGUGUUCCAUAGUUUUAUGUCAAAAAAGAAUAAAAUUUAAAAUAUUUGAAA